AGCAGAAGAAAGCGAAGGAGAGCAAGAAAAGAGGAGCUGAGUGACCGAGAGCCGGGGGGGCCCCCCGAAGGGCUGAAGAGCGCUGGAGGGGAGGAGAGGGGAAAGGAUGGACAGCCACAAAACACAGCGAUUGCGGAAAUUUUCCAGCGCCAUUGGCACGGCAGCGUGAGUCUUUCGGGUCCGGCGUGAUUUCAGCACCGGGGGGACUGGACAGCACCCCGGGGGGACUCAGGGCAACCCGCAGCCUCCGCGAGAACUCCGCCAGACGCCUCCUGCCCAGAAGCCGCCGAAGCCCUGCUUUGUAUCAGAGAGGCAAGGAUGGUCGCUGUUACUUUGUGAUGAGAUCGGGGAUGAAUUGCUCGCUUUAAAAAUGCUGCUUUGGAUUCUGUUGCUGGAGACGUCUCUUUGUUUUGCCGCUGGAAACGUUACAGGGGACGUUUGCAAAGAGAAGAUCUGUUCCUGCAAUGAGAUAGAAGGGGACCUCCACGUAGACUGUGAAAAAAAGGGCUUUACAAGUCUGCAGCGUUUCACUGCCCCGACUUCUCAGUUUUACCAUCUAUUUCUGCAUGGCAAUUCCCUCACUCGACUUUUCCCUAAUGAGUUCGCUAACUUUUAUAAUGCAGUUAGCUUGCACAUGGAAAACAAUGGCUUGCAUGAAAUCGUCCCUGGGGCUUUUCUGGGGCUGCAGCUGGUGAAAAGACUGCACAUCAACAACAAUAAGAUCAAGUCUUUUCGAAAGCAGACUUUUCUGGGGCUGGACGAUCUGGAAUACCUCCAGGCUGAUUUUAAUUUAUUACGGGAUAUAGAUCCGGGGGCCUUCCAGGACUUGAACAAGUUGGAGGUACUCAUUUUAAAUGACAAUCUCAUCAGCACCCUACCUGCCAACGUGUUCCAGUAUGUGCCCAUCACCCACCUCGACCUCCGGGGAAACCGGCUGAAAACGCUGCCCUAUGAGGAGGUCUUGGAACAAAUCCCCGGCAUUGCCGAGAUCCUGCUGGAGGAUAACCCAUGGGACUGCACCUGUGAUCUGCUCUCCCUGAAAGAAUGGCUCGAGAACAUUCCCAAAAAUGCCCUGAUCGGACGAGUGGUGUGCGAAGCCCCCACCAGACUGCAGGGGAAAGACCUCAAUGAAACCACAGAGCAGGACUUGUGUCCUUUGAAAAACAGAGUGGAUUCUAGUCUCCCAGCGCCCCCUGCCCAAGAGGAGACCUUCGCUCCUGGGCCCCUGCCAACUCCUUUCAAGAUAAAUGGGCAAGAGGAGCAUGCUACCCCAGGGGCUGCUCCGAACGGAGGUACAAAGAUCCCGGGCAACUGGCAGAUCAAAAUCAGACCCACGGCGGCGAUAGCCACUGGCAGCGCCCGCAACAAGCCCCCAGCCCACGGUGGUGGCUUGCCGUGCCCGGGGGGCUGCAGCUGCGAUCACAUCCCAGGGUCGGGGUUAAAGAUGAACUGUAACAACCGGAACGUGAGCAGCUUGGCUGAUUUGAAGCCCAAGCUCCCCAACGUGCAAGAGCUUUUCCUGCGAGACAACAAGAUCCACAGCAUCCGCAAGUCGCACUUUGUGGAUUACAAGAAUCUCAUCCUUUUGGAUCUGGGCAACAAUAACAUCGCCACGGUAGAGAACAACACUUUCAAGAACCUUUUGGACCUCCGGUGGCUCUACAUGGAUAGCAACUACCUGGACACGCUGUCCCGGGAGAAAUUCACCGGGCUGCAAAACCUCGAGUACUUAAACGUGGAGUACAACGCGAUCCAGCUCAUCCUCCCCGGCACCUUCCACGCCAUGCCCAAACUGAGGAUCCUCAUCCUCAACAACAACUUGCUGAGGUCCCUGCCCGUGGACGUGUUCGCGGGGGUGUCGCUCUCGAAGCUCAGCCUGCACAACAAUUACUUCAUGUACCUGCCGGUGGCAGGGGUGCUGGACCAGCUGACGUCCAUCAUCCAGAUCGACCUGCACGGCAACCCCUGGGAGUGCUCCUGCACCAUUGUGCCUUUCAAGCAAUGGGCAGAACGCCUGGGCUCCGAAGUGCUGAUGAGCGACCUCAAGUGCGAGACGCCGGUGAACUUCUUCCGCAAGGAUUUCAUGCUCCUGGCCAACGACGAGAUCUGCCCCCAGCUGUACGCCCGGGUCUCGCCCACGUUAACUCCGCACAGUAAAAACAGCACCGGGUUGGCGGAGACCGGGACGCACUCCAACUCGUACCUCGACACCAGCAGGGUGUCCAUCUCCGUGUUGGUCCCGGGACUGCUGCUGGUGUUCGUCACCUCCGCCUUCACGGUCGUGGGCAUGCUGGUGUUUAUCCUGAGGAACCGCAAGCGGUCUAAGAGGAGGGACGCCAACUCCUCGGCGUCCGAGAUCAAUUCCCUGCAGACCGUCUGUGACUCUUCCUACUGGCACAACGGGCCUUACAACGCCGAUGGGGCGCACAGAGUUUACGACUGUGGCUCGCACUCGCUCUCAGACUAAAACAAAACAAAACAAAGCAAAACAAAACAACAAAAGACCCGAAUCAUCCGGGAGGGAGCGGGACAAUCGCCAGGCGAGGUUCCCUCCCAGCCCCCUCCCUACCCCAAGCCGAUGGGGUUAGAGGAGCCCCCCCUCCUCCCCGCCCCGCCCCACCCCCUCACCCCCGAGAUCUGAGUGCCCCGGCCGAGGGCUGGAUGGACAGGAGUCAGUGAACAGUCCGCCCAGAGGCUCGGACCACCUUAGCUGCUUUGUGCACACCGAGAGAGCAGACUGUGGCGGGCGGGGAGAGCGCGGCCAGCUCGGCUCGGGCUGCGGGCGGCGCUUUUGGACCAAGCCCAGUAGGGGACCAGCUCCGAGAACAACUCGCAGCGCCCCUGCUCUCCGCCCAGGGCGCGGUGGGAAGGCUGCCGCAGUCCUAGACACAUCCACCUAGACCCACGUCUUAUAGAGAGAACUAGAUCAUCUAUUUUUUUUUCCUCCCCUGUGGAUUAGCCCCCCGGGAGCACGGGGGCGUGAUGAUGACUCCCUGCCGGCGACGCAGGGAUGGGCAGUUGCACGAAGGCAUGAAUGUAUUGUACAUAAAGAACUUGGACUUCAGACAAAAAAACAAAAACAAAAACAAACAAAAAUAAUAAUAAUAAAGUGCUGCAUGGCUAGCAUGGAAUCCACGCGCUCCAGGGACGCUGCCCUCCCAGCGACUCCAGACGGCGUCCAGUUCACAGCACCCACCCUCUUACCUGAUAAGUCUCAUCGUAUCAAACUUUCUCUAAACGAAAUACAGUAUAAUCAGAAAGUGCCAUUUCUCCAUUAUUUGUGAUCAGUAGGCAGUUCAGAGCGUAAGUUUACUGUGAAAAAAAAAAAAAACAUGUAAAGGUUUUAUUUAAGACAUUUGCAUGGCUAGUCAUCAGUCCAUUUUAUGAGUUAAAAAUGUAUUUUGUUAAGCGAAGUUUUUAAUGGGUUGUUUUGGGCUCUUUAUUUUAUUUUGAUGGUGAUGUUUUAUUUUAUUUUUAUUUUAAGGGGGAAUAUUUUUCUAUACAUAUCCAAUAAUGCCUUCCAUCUGAAUGUAAAAUAAGUACCCAUGAUUUCUAUUAUAGUAUCAGUGUAAUUAUAAAAAAAAAAAGAUUUCGAGGCAGUUAAGCAUGACCAAUUAAUGUCACUCUAGUGCUUAGGCUGCGAUUCUAUGGUAGCAACUCUGUGCUGGUGUAAAUCUUACUUAUAAAGUAGGAAAAAAGAACCGAGGAAGCACGUGAAACUUACUAAUUCUAUUCAAGGAUUUUAUAAUGGCAUAUUUUUUCAGUAUUAAAGUGAAAAUGUUUUCAACACUGGGUCCUUACAUUUUUCCAGCUUUUUAUUUACAAUUGCUAAAUUGGAUCUGCCAUGGAAGGGAUGGUGGACGGGGAAGGUGGAGGGUGGAUCCCUUCUCGAGCCACAUUGAGGCUCAAUUCGCCUUACUUAGUUUUACACCUUUUACAUAGUUUCCUCCUUCUAUGCCUCCCUGCCUUUCCAGUUUCCCCCAUAAAGUACUGUCUCCUCCCCCAUGUCCCCAUCCCCUCCUCCCAUUUGAAUGCAGCAGCCAAUCCCUUUAUUAGUUUGGGAGCCCCCUCCUUGCUGCUUCUGCUGCUCUGCACACUGCAGAUAUAUAUGAAGGGUGUUAGUACAGAUUUUGAUUUAAUUGACUCUGCCUGGAUCAGUCUCAUUAAACAGAGUGGAGAUUUCAUUGGUCAGCACUCUUCAAUGAAAGACAAGCCCUAAUGACGGGCAUUUGAGAUGCUGCUGGCAUUUCACAUUCAACAUCUGUUGAAAAUGGUAAAACUAAUUAGUGCCCACCCACCCUGUCCGCCCCCAGCAACUGCAUAUUGAAAGUUGGUAAAGUAUUCGUCUUUAUGGAAAUCAAUCAUUAUCCUAAAGAAGUGUUUCUCUCCCAUCAUUUGGACUCCUGGUUUUGACCCAGUAAUUAACAGAAAAUGCUUUGAACUGUUUGAAUGGUAUGAGCCACUGUAAUUCUGGACUCAAAAAAAUAAUCCCCUGGGAUUUCUAAGUAAUCUAUUUUAUCAGCAGUUAGGGAACUAGAGAACAAAUAGAACUAGGUAUAUUGAUGGGGUCUGCAUUCCACUGCAUAUCCACCAUGAGAAGUAUGUCAAAAGAUUGCAGACCACAGAUUAAAACCCAAAAUGAUGAGAUUGUACAUCAACUAGAGAGGGUCCCCAGAGCAGUUGUAAGGUUUGCCUUCUAGAAUUCAUAUUCUAAAGAAAUUCCCCAGAACACUGAUGUUCGGGAGUAUGUAUUAUUUAUUUUAACGCUUUUUAAAUAAAAUAUUUUAAACCAUA